UGCAUUGAGAUUAUAAAAUAACGUUGAUUGAGUUGAUCAGCUUUAACGUGCACUGCUUGUGUACACAACUAAUGUUGCACAAACAUCCGAAUGAAGGAUCACAUACAUACAAUAAUGGAAUCAAAUAUAAUAAUCAAGUGGUAAUCUGUGACGAUUCCACGUUAUCUGGAAUGGUUGAUCCAGUACGCACUCGAUUAAUAUUGAAAGUGUUUUUAACCAAUAUCCUUCAAGUGUUUCUAUCAAUGUUGAUGACUGCAUUAGCGUUAGCAAUAGAUGAUUCCACUGAAUAUCUAAACAAACAUGAAUGGAUUCUUCAUAUUUUAAGUUUCAUCUCGAUUGGUGCAACCAUUGCAAUUUUCUUUAUUCAGAGAUUUACACACUUGAAUUACCUCACGGAUUUCCUUUACGUACUACUUAGCUUCAGCUUCGCUGGUGUGAUAACCUAUCUUUCAAUUUAUGCAAAGGGAAUGUUCAUAUUUAUCAGUUGGAUUUUGGCCAUCAUUCUAUCAGUGUUAUUGUUUAUGAUUGGAAUAAACAUUAAACGUGAUUUGGUCAGAUACUUUUGGUUGUUUUUGACGUAUAUCGUUUUUAUCCUUAUUAUCAUUAUGAUACUGGUGAUCUUAUGGGCUUUAAAAAUUAAUGCGGUGACGUGGGCAAUCGGUCUCCUCGUUUUAGCCAUCGUAAUUCCGGCUAGUUUAAUUGAAGCUCAAAUAUUUUGUGGAGGAAGAGCAAUAUACUACAGACCUGAAGAUUUCAUAUUUGCAUCAAUGGUUCAUUUGUUCUUACUGACUUUCUCAUAUUCUGGAUUUAUUUUACUGUUUCUCAACAUUAAGUUAUCCUAGAUAUUGACAGUUUGUAUGAUGUUUCCUUUUGUAAUUGUAUACUUUUGAUGAUGCAGUAAAACAAGAAUGAUGAAUAUGAGAAUUUCUGUGUUUGUUCACUUGUCUUCAUUUCUAUUUAUUGUACGUGAUUAAGCAGAAUCGGAUUUGAAAUAUUGAGUUUUAGAUGAACCAAUCAUUGUGAGUUUGUGUUGUCAUCAAGUGGGAAAGGGAUUUUGUGUAAAUCAUCCGAUUUGUAGUUUGUACUAUUCCAUUGAUUUUGUGUAGAUAGUGAUUGGGAGUGUGGAUGUAAUAUAGUAGUAUGCUGUUGAUUAUGUUAUUAAAUUGUUUGAAA